CCAUGGCCCUGCUCCCGGGCGUGUGGGGCGCACUGAGCUCCCUGGGCAAGUCCGGAGCGGACCUCUGUGCGGGCUGUGGGAACCUACUGCGCCUUCCCUUCAAUUUUUCCAUCCUCCCAAGAUGGCUGUGCUCCAGCGUGACUUACCCAAAGAAGCCGAUGACUUCCUAUGUUCGCUUUUCUAAAGAAUAGCUUCCGCUAUUUAAAGCCCAGAACCCAGGUGUGAAAACUUCAGCACUAAUUAAACAAAUUGCUCAACAAUGGAGGGAACUUUCUGAUGAAGAGAAAAAAGUAUAUGAAGAUGCUUACAGGGCAGACUGGGAGUCAUACAAAGAAGAGUUGAGCAGACUGCAGAAAAAUCUAACACCAAGUCAAAUAGAAUCUUCGGAAAAAGAAGUCUUGCAGAAACAUUUAAAAAAGAAGGCAGUAAUCAAAAAGAGAGAGUUGACAAUGCUUGGGAAAUCGAAAAGACCUUGCACAGCUUAUAACAUCUUUAUAUCUGAAAGAUUUCAAGAAGUUAAGGACUUGUCAGCACAGGGAAGGCUGAGGUCUUUAAAUGAAAGCUGGAAAAAUCUUACAAGUUCUCAAAAGCAAGUGUAUGUUCAACUUGCUGAAGAUGAUAAAGUUCGUUAUUAUAAUGAAAUGAAAGUUUGGGAAGACCAGAUGAUUGAAGCCGGGCGGAAUGAUCUUUUACGUCGCAGACCAAAGUCCUCAAAAGAUGAAACAGAAGAUUGAGGCCCAUUUAUAAUGGAUAAGACACAGGAAACCAAUCAGGUCUCAGCACCUGAAGCUGUUGUAAAAUUAGGAAGUAUAAAGUUGGUAAACAUUUAUAUUUAAUUCCUUUUUCUUUAACCCAUAGACUUCUGAGAGCUGAGUACAUUUUGUAUUAGUGUCGUGCUUUGGAAAACUCCAGCAGAUAGAAGCUUUAUGUGGAACUUUGUGUUAAGGAACUACUGAGGGUCUAGAUAAUGACCUGUGUAGAUCAGUGUAUCAUUUUACCUUUGGGAAAGGUAAACCAGACUGUGAAGUUUCUUUUUAUACUUGUGAUGAUUCUAAGAAUAUUCAUAUAUCUGUUG